AUGGAAAACCUCUCCGUCGUCGCCGUCGUCGCCAGGCGGGGUACGACAGAGAGUUUGAAAAGGAUAUCGGGGCUUGGGCGGGAGGUGCUUAACUGGACUGGCCAGCAAGCCGUCGUGGCGGUGAUGACGAAAGUCGAAGUCGAGGUCGAAGUCGAAGCAGUGGAAGGCGCUGCGACUGGGGGGGUGCGGGCUGCAUAUGGUCUUGCUGAUCGCUGUUGGCCCGGGCUGGUGUCGACGCAGAAGCACGGAGCAGAACAGCAGCAGUAA